CCCCAGAUCGCGAGACAGACUUCCUCCGCUAAUCUCGCCGUCUAGCCGUGGCACCCGUCGGGUGACGUAGGUUGUUGGGUUGUGGAUUGACGUUGUAUGAAGUCCGCACGCACCAGUGUUAUCGUGUCAGCGCGACGGGCGCUCGGUCGACUCUGAACUCCGAGGCGGAAUCCCGUGAUAUAAAAAUACAAUUAUUUCACGCGCUUUCCUUAUCUUCUCGUCAAAACAACGUUAAAUGAUACUUCAGAUUUAAAGCCAUCUGGGAAGACUUACUAUGAUCCACAUAUAAAAAGCACUACAUUCCUGACACUUCCUCUGUGUAUCUUCUGGCCCCUGAAGACAACUUGGCGAUAUCCAUAAACAACAUUAUGGCGACUAUUAAGAUCAAGUGCCAAGACCUCCCCAAGGAACAGGCACUUCUAAAAGUGCCAUUAAAGAGGUUGAUGCGAGACAAAGCUGUAGACGGCACACCCAUAAAGAAACGUGUGAUGGCUGCUCUCAAUUUAUCCUGCAAAAAAAUCCCAGAAACCUCUCUUGACUAUCAGGUCUCAAAGGCAACAAACAAAAUGGAUGCCAAUCCGGAUCUGAGCCCUGGUUUGAAGCACACUCUAGAGCAGUUCUCUCUGAGCAGCCAGUGUUCCCUCGGUGGCCCAGCUGCAUUCACUGGUCAUCAUGGUCAGUUUAAGAUGGCGCCCCCUCUGGCUCAGGGAGGUAUGGCAGGGGGACCUGUACUAGUCCCUCCUGACAGCUCAACAGACCUUGGCCUCUGCUGUCUGGAGGGCGAAUCCAUCUCCUGCUUCUCUGUGGGAGGCGAACUGCGUCUUUGUCUGCCCCAGCUGCUCAACACCGUCCUGCGGGACUUCUCGUUGCAACAGAUCAACUCUGUGUGCGACCAGCUGUAUUUGUACUGUUCCCGCUGUGAUGCCACACAGUUACACAUCCUCAAAGUGCUGGGCAUCCUUCCUCCAGGGACUCCGUCCUGCGGCCUCAUCACGCUGACCGAUGCCCAGCGUCUCUGCAACACACUGCUGCAUCCAGGCGAGGAACCCUCUCGUGAUUCACACAAAGGGCAUGGUGAUAGAGAGGAGGAAGAGAAAGAUGGUGAGGAAUCUGGAGGAUUUUGGGUGGAACACCAAUGUCUGGGCAAGUGUCAAGGCCUGUUUGUACCUCAGCUUUACUCCAGGCCGGAUGCACACUGUAUCCGUUGUUCCCAAUGUCAGAUGCUCUUCUGCCCGGAGCGCUUUGUCAUGCACUCCCACCGACAGCCAGACAAACGCACAUGUCACUGGGGCUUCGAUUCAGCCAAGUGGGCCUGCUAUCUCCAACUGGCACAAAGACACCUGGGAACAGCGGAUGAAAAGAUGCUAAAGAAAUCUCUGGAGGAUAUGAAGAUGAAGUUCCAGGAAGAGAAGAGGCAGCCGCAUGUAGGAGUAUCUUCACCUGCAUUUGUGUUCGGCUCACGUUUGCUUGCCAGUUUUAAGGAGGACCCCGGCCAUGCUGACUUGAUGUGGCAAAGCUGGUACCAGUACAUGCCUGACAAGUUGGAAGAUAAUGGCUUGGCACAACACCCUGGGUAUGUGCCUGGAAAGGAAAUGGGGUCUACAGGAACAGAGAUGCUAGGUGAUACUCAGAAUGUAAAGAAUCAGGAAGAACACAACACCGACCCAAAGACGCCCACCUUUACAGGGCAAGAAAAACAUGGCCAGUCAGACGAUGCCAGUCCAGAUGAAUGGCAGAAAGUAGAUACAGCAGCUUAUAAGCGGACGGUUGGUGUGACUGUGGAGCACAGUAAGGACGGCAUGGUGAUGGAGCUCCUUCAGAUGUACAGUGCUCAACACAACAAACUUCAGUCAACACUACGCAGACAGAAACAGCUUGAAAAGGAGCUGCAGGCUCUGCAUCAAGGUGAAGCCAUAGACCGGUGUGACCUACACGGGGAGCUGGAGGCGGUUCAGACUGAACAUGCUCAGAGGCUCGGUGAAGUCCAGCAGGAACAGAGAAAGUUAAAGUCCCGACUCGACCAGCUGAGGCAGCAAGGCUGCAGAUGCAAAGAACUGGGUACUGAGCCGCACCAGGAAACUAUCUAUGCCAAACAGUUAUCAGAACUGCGUCAGAGGCUGGACCGCGCUGAGGAAGACCGUGAAGAGCUGCAGGAAGAGCUAUGCAGAGAGCGAGAAGCCAGAGAGAGGCUGGAGCAUACCAUCUCUGAGCUCAAACAUCAGAUGAGGGAAACCGGCCUCCCUGCUUCAGUGGACAGUCCCAUGUCUUCAGUCUCUAGUGACACACACAUGCACCCAACGGCUUAGUGUGGUCUAUGGUCACCAACCCGCAACCUGAUUUCUGUGAUCAAAAUUCAUUUUGGAAUGGUGUCUCCAUUUUAAAAUUGGAUGCCAAAGUUGUUUUAAUUGCAGUUCUACAGAACAAUUAUACAAUUUGGGUCGUCCUGAGUUGGUUUGGGUUUAAUGCUGUGAAUUUGUCACUAUUGAGAUGAACUGAUUUUUUUGGACAUGUGAAUAAGUAUUUUUGGUGUUUUGAUACAAAUCAAGUAGUUAGAGAUAUUAUGCAAAUCACUAAUCCUGCACGCGUACAAUCAACAC